AAUCCACUUAAUGAGACUGGAAAAUCGGAUGGUUUUCAGCUUUUUAGCUUCGUCGUUGGAAACCAAUUGAUGAUGCAUCACAUCUGCACAACCGUUCUCAAAGACUUAAAGGCUGCUGAAGCUCUUCUGGCUCCCCUCCAUCCUGGUUCGCAAUUUAUCAGCAGAUGUCGCUUUCACUAAAAAGUACUAAUUCUCACUGUGAGAUGGCGCCACCAAUCCAUUUUUUUAACGGAAAUAAAAUUUCCCAUCAACAAUCGAUGACAGUUGGAGCAAACUAUAAUAUAUAUAUAUUCGUUGAAAGAAAUAUCGUGAUAAAAAAAAGAUAAAAGCAGUGUGAAAUAAAGUGAAAUUCUUAAUUAAUUAUCAAUAUAUCGCGAAUAAUAAUCAUAGUCUUCAUUCGUUAAAUCGUAAAAUUAUAAAUCCUUUAAAUCGUGACUCGCGAAAAUACAUACUAAACCAGCAGACAUUUGUGCCGGAGUGAGAACGUCAUGUUGACUAUGACGAUAUAUAAGUGAACUUUUAUCAAUAACAUAUACUUUAAAUUCGUUAUCGCAAUUGUUUUUUAACGUUUAAAAUCUUCUUUUAAAUAAUAACACAUUUUGUUUCACGUUUAUACCUUAUCAGUUUGAUAAACAAUUCGUUUUAGUUUUUAUUUUAAUAUAUACUACUACAUAUGUAGUCGGUGGAAAAAGAAAAAAAAAGUCAUAUUUAUUCGAAUUCUAUCUCUCUCUCUCGUCCAUUGUGUGUGCUUUCGUCUUGGAGAAAAUUUGUGUUUGUGAAAUUGUGUUUAUUAUUCACGGGAUUAGUGCAAAAAAAAAAAAAUAUCAACUGGAAUUCUGGACCCAAGGAAGGCAAUUGUCCCUAACAUCGACGACGACGACGACGUAUCUCGGACAACAUGACAGAACCUGGAAAAAUAUCUCGACGGAUGUCCCAGGAUGUCUUACAUACAAGAUCCACGGAAAAUCUCACAGCAACUUAUUUCAGGAGCAAAAGUCGCAGUGUGGACCAUGGAUUCACAACUCCAUUUGAUCUCGAUUCUUUGCGAAAUAAAGUUGAAGGACGAUUUGAAUCCAUCGACAAAGUUUCCAGAGAUUCCGAUAAUGACAGCAAGGAUAGUUCGUCAGCCCAAGAAAAGAAACAUGGCCGGGUAUCACAACCCAUUAGCACCACCGCUUAUACGGUGGGCGAUAGAGAUACACUCACAUCGGUAGCUGCAAGAUUCGACACAACCCCGUCAGAAUUAAGCAAACUCAAUAGGCUUGGAAGUACAUUUAUUUAUCCCGGUCAACAAUUAUGGGUACCAACAAAAGGUGAAGGUUGUCUAGGAGAAGGUACGACUGCCGAAGCACCAAGUCCUGAUCUUGCUCAUGAUCAUGAUUCUCAGGAUGAUCUUCCACCUGAAGAAAAAGAACUUUUGGGUAACCUGAGACCUGUUUCUCCCAAACCAGGACAUUUGGAAAGGAUUAGAACACCUCAAAAUAGUACAGUCAUGGACGAAGAUGGACCGUAUAAGGAGAGGUUUCUUAAAAUCAAUGUUCGUCAUAUUACAGAUGGACAGGGAGUCGUUGGUGGUGUUUUAUUAGUGACACCGAACGCUGUGAUGUUUGAUCCAAAUGUCUCGGAUCCACUUGUCAUUGAGCAUGGAGCGGAAUCUUAUGGUGUUAUUGCACCAAUGGAAUUUGUCGUGAAUGCCGCGAUUUAUUAUGAUAUUGCACAUAUGCGCGUCAGUCAUACAGAGUCAAAUAAUCAAGAUAAAAAACCAGAAAUAUAUUAUAUGAAAAAAAUUCCACAAUCAGGAGCAAGUAAAUGUCAAUCACCUGGAAAAGAUGAGAAUUUCCCUGAAUUAACAGCUGACGAUAGUGAGAGUGUUUGCAGUUGUGCUGAACGUGAAGGUGACGCUUUUCCCAAAGCAUUCGAGAGAGAUCUCGUCACACCAACAAAUCUACAGACCGAUGAAAAUUCGACCAAAGAUAAGGAAAAGAAUAGCGAUGAGGCUGUCGGUGGUCAGGCGGGCAAAACUUUGGAAGAACGCAGGCGUUCGAUGUUGGACCAUCAUUGGGCCGUUCCUAGCAAAGAUCGAUGUUCGUUGUCAGUGGACGAUGAGCAGCAAGACUCUCUUAAUUCCGAUAAAGUGGAUGGAGGAAAACCAAAUUCGAUUCCCGAGGAAGAAGGAUCUCUAGUCAAACAAUCGUGCCACGAUUCUGGUAUCGAUAUUCGUGAUCCAAAUCCUCCUCUUCCAAUUGUACAGCAAAUUCCAUCGAAGAAAGUCUAUUCGGAUGCGGACAUUGUUCUCUCAACAGAUUGGGUUCCUCCGAUUACGAUCGCGCCAACGAAUGUUACAACAACACUUGACGCUGAUUCUGGUAUUUGUAGGAAAAAGGCAAGUUCCGUGUCAUUUAGUUUAGACAGUAACACCGAAGAGACCGAGAAGGAUGACGAGCACAAGGAGGAAGAUAAACAAGAGACAAGGAAAAAUAAGAUGUUAAAACGACUAUCGUAUCCAUUGACUUGGAUGGAGGGCCUAACUGGUGAUAAAGAAGAGGACAGUAGAUCGAGUGAAAAAAUGUCAAGCCUACCAAAUAGUGCCGACAGUCAGCAUUCUUCCGUUUUUAGCAAGGUCUUCUCCAGCUCGCCGAUCAACCUGGUGAGUGACUUUAGCUCGGGCCUAUUCGCUAAAACCCCCAGCGAAGAGAGCGGCGGAGGUGGUCGAGUUGGAGGUACACCUCCACUCACUGCCUCCUCACUCUCUCAGGACGCCUUCGGCAAUCCUCAUAUCUCUUCAAGUAUUAUUGGACGAUCUUCGGUUGGAACAUUUAUUCGUCAGCAGCCUUUGAAUUCAUCGGGAAGUAGCAGUGUGGAUAGUAAUCGAGGAAGUAAAACAUCGACAGCACCACCAAAAUUGGAUUAUCGUAGUAUGGUUUCGGUGGACGAUAUGCCUGAACUUUUCGUCAGUUUUGACAAAUUAAUUCCACGACCGGCUCGAUCGUGUGAGGAUCCACCAUUAUAUUUAAGGCUUCGAACUGGAAGGCCAAAGGACAAGAAAAUCCCAAGAUCGACUCCAAUUAUGAGCUAUGGGAAAAAGAAAUUACGACCUGAAUAUUGGUUCAGUGUUCCACGCAACAGAGUGGACGAUCUUUAUAAAUUUAUCCACGCUUGGGUGCCAUCGCUUUAUGGUGAAUUGGACGAGAAUUAUUGGAGGGAACGUGGUUAUAUUUUGUCGGACACGGACACGGAUCUUUCACCGGAAUUAUCGCCACACGACGCUGAAGGUGGUGAAAAUACCGAGGACGAUAAAAAUCGUAACAGUGACAGUGAUGAUAUUUCUGAAUUAACACGCGAGUCUUGGGAGCUGAUCAAGGCUCCAUACGUAAAACUCUACAGCAUCCUGAAGACAACAGCAUCAGCCGACUAUUAUGAGCAGCCACAGGAUCCAGAGGUGCUGUCUAUGAGUGAAGAGCUCAGAAGAGCCCUUUAUGCAAAUAGUGCAGUUUCUCUGGAUACGGAGAUUAUUGUACCAGAUUUAGUCGGUACCACAGAAAUACUCGGUGAUGAUCACAGAGAACAUCUUUGUCGGCAUUUGCCAGCAAGGGCGGAGGGCUAUGUUUGGACACUUGUUUUUAGCACGAGUCAACAUGGAUUCAGUCUCAAUAGCAUGUAUAGAAAAAUGGCCAAAGUUGAAAGCCCAAUUCUUCUUGUUAUCGAAGAUACCGAAGGAAAUGUGUUUGGAGCUUUGACAUCUUGUUCUCUACAUGUAAGUGAUCAUUUCUAUGGAACUGGGGAGUCUCUUUUGUUCAGAUUCACACCAAGGUUCCAGGCCUUCAACUGGACCGGGGACAAUCUUUACUUCAUUAAAGGAAAUAAUGAGAGUUUAGCAAUUGGCGCUGGAGAUGGCAAGUUUGGUUUAUGGUUGGACGGCGAUUUGUACCAGGGUAGGACACAGUCCUGCAGCACUUAUGGUAACGAGCCGCUGGCGCCUCGUGAAGAUUUCGUCGUGAAAACAUUGGAAUGCUGGGCAUUCAUAUAGGAUUCGGUUUUGAAUUUUACGCCGUAAUCUUUGUCGUCACUGCAGCCUAAUUAUACCUGAAAAAAUUCAGGGCCUUGAGCGGCGACCUCGCACCCAGUACCAGGAGAGACCAGAUGAAGACUAAAAAAAAAAUUGACUCUAAGAGCCGGUACCAAGGGGGAAAAAUAAACAAUUGUCGAAGGAUUGAAAUGCCCAGUGAAAAUACUAUGUCGACAAAAAAAAAAUUCAAUUUUUAUUCCUAUCGAUAAUUGGCGAAGAAAAGGAUCAAGAAAAAAAAAAAAAGAAACGUGAAGAGAGCGAGACUCGCCUCUUCUUGCGAUAGACCUCGGCUCAUAGACUUUUGUUAUUUGUUAAAUUCCUCACGUUUUUUUUUCUAAUUUAGCAGUAUUUAUUUUAUUUUUCAUUAUAUACUUGCGUUGUACUAUAUAUAUAUAAUAUAUUCUCGCGCGUUCAUCUACCAAGUAACAUACACACGAAAUUAUUUUUACGAGAAGAGAUAUUUUUCUCAUCAUCAUAUUUUUUUUUUCUUUUUAAGAAAAAAAAUUCAUUCUCUUCCGUUUGCCAAUGAUUUUUCUGAGAUUAUUAUUUAAAAAAAAAAAUAGUGUUUUUUUCAAACAAUGCUUUAAAAAAUAAAAAAAAAAUGAUCAAUGUCGCGGCUAUCACGAUGAGAUGAAAAAAAAACAAAUCAAGCAAAACUAAUUGUUUUUCGAUGUGUAGAUAAUUGUAGAUAGUAAAUGUAAAUAUAUACAUACAUUACGAUCGUGUUACAGUGAUUGUUUCGAUGAGCGCUAUAUACAAAUCCGGAGAAAGUCGCGCGGAAAAAAUUGCAUUUUAUUCUAAAAAAAAUGAAAUGACAUUUUAGCCAGCGUGUGCCUCUUCUCAUUAUUUAAGAUCUGAACAGAUUAUAUAGCUAUACAUAAUUAGAGGAUUCGUAUAAAUAAAUAAUAAAAAAAAUAUAAAAAAAAAAUAAAAAAUAAAAAAACAAAACAUUGCACUGAGUGGAAAAGACAAAUAUCUUGUAUUUUGCUGUGUUUCUUAUAAAGAAAAAAAAAAUAACAAAAUAAAGCCUAGUGCGAGGACUAAAAAUCCAAGAAGAUCAAUUUGUUUUCGUACUUUUUGAGAUUUUUGUCUGAGCUCGUGUGAAAAAAAGCGUAGAGUCAUAAAAAAAAAAAAGAAGAAAAAAACAGACCACACAACGAAAACUCGCCUGUGCCUCGCAUCGCACUCUCGGACCUCUCUUCUUCAAACAGAAAAGUUUUCUUUUCUUAAAUAGUCAAAAAAAAAAAAAAAUAUAUGGAAAAAAGAAGAAAAUCGGUACAAUUUUUAUUUUUAAGUUUUUAUCGAGCCUAACGAUUUUUAAUGAGAAAUUUAUUGUACAUACGACUGUGAUUUUAUUGUAUCGUUUUUUUUAAAAAUAUUUAUAUAUAUAUAUCUAUAUAUAAUCGAGAAUGCGAAACGCGAGGCAUUUUUCUUUUUUAUUAAAUUAUUUUUUUGUCUUUUUAUUUAGAACAAAUAUUUAUGUACAGAUCAACGAGCACGAAGUGUUUCGUGAUUUUAAAAAUUUUUUGUCCAGUGAGAAUGUUGUUCUUUUUUUGUUUUUAAAUUAUCUUGGUUUGAUCAUAAUAAUAAAAUUUGUUUUCUUUACAAAUUUGUUGCGUUUUUAAAUAUUUUUUUUGAUUUUUUCUUUUUUAAUCAAUUUUAUUUAUGAAAGUCGAAAUUUUAAUGAAAUAAAUUUGAAAAUAGAAGAAAAAAAAAGAAUAAUUUUACGAACGAAAUUAUUUGAAAAUAAAGAAUAUAGAUUAAUUGAAAAUAAUUAAUUUGAAUACUGAAAAUAAGGAACAAAUUGAUUUUUUUUUAGAGACUGAAAAAAAGGUUCAAUGAAAUAAAAUAUUUAAAAUAUGGAAAAAAAAUUGUGUAUUCGAAAUUAUUGAAAAUAGUUUUUUAAGAGAGAGAGAGAGAGAAAAAAAAAGUUUGGACAUUUUACCUGCUUUGUUGAUGAGAGAGAGAGCGAGAAGUCGGCGCGAAAAUAAAUGAAUUAGAGCACAAAAUAAUUUAUUGCUUAGAUGGCAGCUUAGCUUUGGAUUAACACACAAACACACACAAAACACAAACAAGAAAAAAAAAAACGCUGUAUGACGUGUUAAUAAAGAUUUUAGAAUCAUGUCUAGAGAUCUAGAGAUGUAAUUUUAGAAAAAUCUAGACAUACUCUUGUGAUACUAAAUAGCGUUUACUCCGAGAGAAACACUAUUUUCCGUAGAGUAGAUUUGCAAGAAAAGUCAAGAAACAAAAAUAUAUAUUAUAUAUAUAAAUGGUCGAGACCGAUUUAAAUCUUGAAGCGAGCUCUUUAACUGCAACCGAAAGCACGUCGGCGUAGAAAUGAAUCGAGUGCAAAAAAAAAAAAAAUUUAAUUAAAACGUAAACGUCUCAAAAAAAAAAGAAAAACAAAAAAAAUCCUCUUUGAAUUGUCUCUUUAAAACUGCAAUUAAGCGGAAAAACGAGCUGCUUUCGUUUUAUAUUUUUAUGAUAAUUUCUGGAUUUUCGAUCCUCAAACUAAAGGAUUCCUCCUAAAUGCGGAAAAUUAAAAUUUAAAACGCAAAAUAAUAAAAAAAAAAACAUAUUUUAAAGUACUAAAUUAAUUUUGACUAUUUUUAAAAAAUAUAUAUAUAUUUCCGGCAUUAAAAAGCGUUCUUUAGUUUGAAAUCAUAUCAGUGGAUCGAAUUUACCAAAAAAAAAAUUGUGAGUUUGGAAAUUGAAGCGAUACGGAAGAUUCUUUAUUUUUUCUCAAUUUUUUGUCUGGAUUCAAGCAAAUUUAGUGCCAUAUAUGUAACUUGGUUUAUGAUUUUCUUUUAAUUUAUAUUUAAAUAUAAAUAUAUAGUUUUAGAAUAAUUUUUAUAUUUGUAGCGUGAAGUUUUACGAGUUUUGAACAAAGUUUUCUUUUAUUUAUUAACAAAAAGAGGCAAAGUUAGCAAAAUAAAAAGAAAAAAAAUUGAUUUCUCUUUUUUUUCAAACUAUAAUCCCACCGCUUCAAUUUUUUCAGAAAAAAAAAGAAAAUCCACUUCUUUGUUUUUUUUUAAAUGCGAAUUUGUAAAAACAGAGUCGAUGUGAAAGAAAUGGAAAUGAUAUAAAAAAAAGGCGAAACGGCGCUAUGUUAAAUAAUUAUUAUAUAAAAAAAAAAAAAAACCUAAAGAUGUAAAGUUAGUGUAACCUUCUAGAGUUCGAUAGCGAUUGAACACUUUGCUAAUAAAAGGUGUCGUUGCGAACACAACAAAAAUAAUAAAUAACUGUCAUAUCUGACUCGUUCGGUUCAUAUUUUACAUACGACGAGUUCAAAAAAAAAAAAAAAAAAAAUAA